CGAACGAGAGAGCGAGCGAGCGACGCGAGUCGCCCAGGCCCGGCAGGCAGGGCAGAACAUUUGUCUCAGAAUCCGACUGGGGCUGGCCGCGGCAUAAUGGAAACCUUUUAAGGCUGAGCGAGCACGACACAUCUCACCUCGCCUCCACCGACCGACCCCCCAUCGCUCAUCCUCGUCUCACAAUGCACGCUGCUGCGCUGCUCGCCCUCCUCCCCGCCCUUGCCGGCGCCGUCACUGUCCAGAAGUUCGUCGCCCCCGGCCCCGGCCCGCUCCAGCAGAGCCCCACCUACGCCGGCUACACGAACGGCUCGCUGCCCAUCCAGAAGGUCGUCCCCGGCAAGGCCUACGACCGCUUCAUCACCAUCUGGCUCGAGAACACCGACUUUGCGACCGCCGUCGCCGACCCCACCUUCCAGAAGCUCGCCUCCGAGGGUAUCCUCCUCACCAACUACAACGGUGUCACCCACCCCUCGGAGCCCAACUACAUCGCUUCCAUUGCCGGUGACUUCUUUGGCAUGCCUGAUGACGACAACUACUACUUCCCUUACAACGUCUCGACCGCCGUCGACCUCCUCGAGUCCAAGAACAUCUCGUGGGCCUCGUACCAGGAGAACUCCCCCACCGACGGCUUCGCUGGUGACUACCCCCAGAAGAACUACCUGAACUCGAGCGCCACCGCGCCCUACACCUACUACAAGCGCAAGCACAACCCCCACAUCCUUGCCAACUCGGUCGCUGGCAUCCCCGACCGUGCGCUCCGCGUCCGCAACUUCAACGACUUUGCCGCCGACGUCAACGCCACCGCCCUCCCCCAGCACGUCUUUGUGACCCCCAACCUCGUCAACGACGGCCACGACACGGACAUCACCUUCAUGAGCAGCUGGCUCCAGUACUGGCUCAUCCCCCUCCUCGCCGACCCGCGCUUCAACGACAACCGCACCCUCAUCCAGCUCACCUUUGACGAGACCGAGUCGUACACCAUCCAGAACACUGUCUGGACCGUCCUCCUCGGUGGCGCCGUCCCCGCCAACCUCAAGGGCACCAACGACUCGACCUUCUACACCCACUACUCGACCCUCUCGUCGAUCGAGAACAACUGGGACCUCCCCUCGCUUGGCCGUCAGGACGCCAACAAGACGGUCGCCGCCGUCUGGCAGUUCCAGACCAACAUCACUGGCUACCAGAACUACGUCCCUGCCGCCGCCGAGAUCCCCCAGCUCAACCUGACGGGCAUCUUCCCUGGUGUCGCCAACGACGAGGCGUGGAUCCCCGUCCCCGCCCCCGACGUCAACGCCUUUGGUGCUGGUAACGGCUCGGUCUUCUACAACGCCUCGGCCACCGACCUCACCCAGACUGCCCCUGCCGCCCCCGUCAACCUCACUGCCUCCAAGACCAUCAACCCCAUCAAGGUCAACCCCAACUUCACCUACACCAACCACUCGGUCGUCAACGCCUCGUCGCCUGCCGCCGUUGCCGCCUCGUCGUCGGCUGCUGCCGCUGCCAAGUCGUCUGGCACCACGGCCAAGCCCUCGUCGGCCGGCCGUGUCGCCGUUGCUGGCGCUGCUGGCUUCGCCGGCGUCCUUGUCGUCGCCGUCGCUGCCCUCCUCUAAACAGGAACCAGGGUUCUAUAGUUCUUGCGUGCCUCGCCACGCUGAUGGGUCAACGUAGAUGAUCUUCUAGAUUCAGUAGUAAAACCUUCUGGGACCGUGUCUGUUGCGACGGACACUGAUUAUGUUAUUGUGUAGGACGAGCA